AUGAUAGAGAUGAACAAACUGUUCCGACAUCUGUUUCCUCUGGUGCCGGAUAAGGCCCACUAUAUAUGGAAAGCGAGUCACCAUGGUGGUGCAUCGCUUGGUGGGUCAUUUGGUGGGCCACUCGGUGGGGCCCUCACCUUAGAUCAGCCCAAUCGACAUCACAACUCAUUUAUAGAUCACAUUGAAAAUCCAAUUACACGCCAUUCCUCCACACCUCAAAGUGAAGCCAACGCUAACAUUAGAGAUCAACAACAAUACGACGACCAGUCGGUGACCGUACCCACGAGCCCACCGCACCCGCCCGUCAUAUCACCGAUUCUGACAAAUAAUUUCAAACAUAUUAUCAAAUCUGGACGAAGAAUGCAAACACCACUCGGAAAGAGGGGUCCGGAAUACACCAAUUCCCGUAAGUUGAAGUCGACUGACGUCACCGAAUGGCCAAAGACUUCAACACUAACUCUAACUCUAAUUGUUAUACAGAUAUACUGAUUGCAGAACUCCUCAUAUCUAAAACUUCAAUACAUUAACUGAUUUAAUGGAUUCGUCGACUCUAUUAACUAUACAUUAAACGUUAAAAUAUCUCUUAAGUUAAAGUGAAAACCCGGAAAAAUUAUUAGCCAUUAAUUGCAAUAAAUACUCGUUUAAAUGGUUCCCAAAUCGGUCCCUUCAUUUGGUUUUAAUGUCUAACUAUUUUGUUAUUCCUUGUAAUGUCAGUGACAAACAUAUUGUAUUUUAGGCACUGUUUUACUGCCAAUACUUUUAAUCAAUUCCUGUUUUUUGCACUUAUUUUCUGUCAAUUCGUAAAUCUCUUUCAAACAAACAAAAAACACACAUAAAAAUUAUCUCUAAACUCGUUUUCUCUUUAAUUCAAAUAUAAAAACAAAACAACAGAAAAAUGCG